AUGAGCGGUAGUGUACGUACACGAAUAAUAAUCGGCGCAUCCACACAGAGAAAGAUUCUUUCCAGGGCAGAGCCAGGGCAAAACCAGGGCAGAGCCAGGGCAAAACCAGGGCAGGCCCAGGGCAGGACCACAGAGGGGCCAGGGCAGAGCCAGGGCAAGGCCAGAGCAGGCAAAGGGCAGACGCAAAUCAGGACCACAGAGGACCCAGGGCAGGGCCAGGGCAGGGCCAGGGCAGGACCAGUGCAGGCUCAGUGCAGAGCCUCAGAGGGGCAAGUGCAGGCCCAGGACAGGGCGACGGUAGACCCAGGGCAGGCCCAGGGCAGGCUCAGAGCACGACUACAGAGGGGCCAGGGCAGCGCCAGGGCAGGGCCAGGGCAGGCUCAGGGCAGGCCCAGAGCAGGGCCACAGAGGAGCCAGAGCAGGUCCAGGGCAGGGCCAAGGAAGGACCAGGACAGGACCAGAAUCUUUCCAUUCAAAAAAAUGUUUUUUUUCUAUUGA